AUGAGUCAUUUACUGUGAUGUUGCUGUGAUUUUAGGCUGUGCAAAUCACUAUAUUCACAUUCAGAGCAGAUAUUUCAGCAUUUAUUGGUGAUCAGACUUAGAACUAAAUAUACAAAAUCAUUUAUAGGUCUGUCUAUUUUAAGGGGAGCUUCCUGUCUUGUCUGAUCAUGAUUGAUCCCCUCUGCUGGCUGGAUGUGUUGUUGCCGGUUUAGGUGCUGGGAGGAGUCUGGUGAUAGUUGUUAGCUCUGCGCGUUCUCUCACCUGGAGAAGGAAGAGACAACUGACAGUAUUAGUGUGUGUGGGGAAAUUGAACUCUCUAGGUCUGACAAUGUCCGAUAGUGCCUUGGAGGUGUAUAAGGAGAUGGUCCUGCUGUACCUGGAGGAGGGCCGGCGCCAGGUCAACUCGCACUGCGUUAACCUGGAGCCGUGGCAGAUCAUCGGAGCGACAGUCAUCACCACUCUUGGAGCAGUCUGGAUUAAAGGCUUCCUAUUCCAGCAAGAAAGUCUCACAUCCCGAAUCAAGAAGCAGUGCUUUCGACUCAUCAGAAAAAUACCCUUUGUUGGCGUGGCAAUUCAGAGCCAGCUCAACAAGGCUUUGGAUGACAUGUCUGCUAGUCUGUGUACUCUGAAGGAGGGGAUGAGCUACACUAAAGAGCUGCCCUCUGAAGGUCUCUCUCAGAGCCAAGUGCUGGACAAAAUCAGACAGUACGAGACUCUGAAUGAGGUGAAGUGGGAGAAAGGACGUGUUUCGGGUGCAGUGUACUGGGGUGAUGAAUCACUGACCAAUCUCCUGGUGAAGGUAUAUGGUGAUUUUGCAUGGAGCAACCCACUUCACCCCGACAUCUUUCCUGGCAUAAGAAAGAUGGAGGCAGAGGUUGUAAGAAUGGCUUGCACACUUUUCCACGGUGGACCUAACUCCUGUGGCACAGUUACUUCAGGGGGAACUGAGAGCAUACUGAUGGCCUGCAAGGCAUACAGAGACAUGGCGUAUGAACGUGGUGUCAAAUACCCUGAAAUUCUUGCACCUGUGAGCGUCCACGCAGCCUUUGACAAAGCAGCACAUUACUUUGGGAUGAAGCUUGUUCACAUUGCCCUUGACAAGAAAACUAUGAAAGUAGACGUGAAGGCUAUGAAGAGAGCCAUCAGCAAAAACACUGCCAUGCUUGUGUGCUCAGCGCCUCAGUUUCCUCAUGGAAUCAUGGAUCCCAUUGAGGAAGUAGCCAAGCUGGCUGUACGCUACAACCUCCCGCUGCAUGUGGAUGCUUGUCUGGGAGGUUUUCUCAUUGUCUUCAUGGCCAAGGCUGGUUAUCAACUCGCCCCAUUUGACUUCAGGUUAAAAGGUGUUACCAGCAUCUCUGCAGACACCCACAAGUAUGGUUUUGCCCCCAAAGGUUCCUCAGUGAUCCUUUAUAGUGAUAUAAAGUACCGUCACUACCAGUACUUUGUAGCUCCAGACUGGCAGGGGGGGAUCUACGCCUCGCCCUCAGUUGCAGGCUCCAGGCCUGGAGGAAUCAUCGCCGCCUGCUGGGCGACCAUGAUGCACAUGGGAGAGAAUGGAUACGUAGAUGCCACCAAGAAGAUCAUCAGCACAGCACGCAAAAUCAAAACAGCAAUCUGCAAGAUAAAUGGUGUGUUUGUGUUUGGGGAUCCAGAGGUGUCAGUGGUGGCAAUAGGCUCAGAUGUUUUUGAUAUUUUCCGUCUGUCUAAUGCCCUGACGUCAAAGGGCUGGAAUCUGAACACACUGCAGUACCCAUCCAGCAUCCACAUUUGUUGCACAGUUCUGCACACACAGUCGGGCGUCGCUGAUCAGUUUAUCUGUGAUGUCAAAGAGCAGGUUGCCAUCAUCAUGAAGAACCCCAAAGAGAAAACCACAGGAAUGGGAGCAAUCUACGGCAUGGCCCAGUCUAUCCCAGACAGAUCCAUGGUGACAGAGAUCUCCCGAGGUUUCCUGGACUGUCUCUACAGCACUGAGGUAUCCAAGUCAAACACCAGCCACAUGAACGGCAAUGGCAAAGCCCACUGAAGUGGGUUUGGACCCUCCUGACUCGACGCCACCGCACGCAGGGAAACGCGCUCGCCUCCUCCCAGACCUCUGAGUUAAUCGCUCAACGGUUGCCUUAUCUUGCAUACCUACACCAUAUGGAAAACAUCUGCAAAGAUCUUUAAAGCACAAACCAUCGUCAUGUUAAUCAGCCCAGAGGGAAAUCGCUUGUAACACUGUGCCUUAGUGGCACAGAGAAGAAAUGACUGGUUCCAAUCAAGUUUUAGUCUUUUAAUUUGAUGUCAUUAAUGUAGUGGAAGUUUGUCUUAUUUUCUUUGUUUCAAAAGUUCAUUUCAAUUUUAGCUUUUGUUAAAUGCAUAUGUUUUUCAUAAUCUCCACUGACUGUAUAGCAAAACCAUUUUGUUUGUUUGUUUGUUUUUUAUGCCGGAACAUUUCAGCUCGCUGCCAUCACUGCUUCGCUAGCUGUGAUGACUCGGCAAAAACGCACACCACUGAAAGCUUGUUAGAAGCGCUGUAUUGCCCUCUAGCAUGAAACCUGAUGUACUGCUCUAGACUGGCUCUACAUGUGGAGGCCUGUCGAUGAUGUACGUUGUCAUUAUCAUGUAAUAGUUCUCUGGAAAACAGCAUUUUUAAUGUAAAAGCACUGCAAUGCCCUGACAAGAACAUAUCAGGUUAAUCUGUUAAUCACUUGAAACUACAAUUCCGAUGUUAUGGUCUGUAAGCAUGAACAUGCAUGUUCUUGUUUGUUAGCAGUUAGUAUGAUGACAUUCAUUUAGUUUUGCAUUCGUGGUCCAUCUACAGGGGUUGGAUUUGUAGACAGAGGGAGAAUGAUUUGGAUAGUGGGAGCUUUUAAUGACAUUAAUAUUCAAUAAAAUUGUCUUUAAAUUUAAAUUGGGGAAAAGUUGUAACCAGGACAUGAACAUUUUAUUAGCGGCUAGUGGAAUCCAAAGCUUAUCAGCCACUCUGGAUAUUUUAUUGUUUUCAGAAUUGGACAAGGGUUUCUACACAGUAGCUGGCUUGUAAAGUAAGACAAUGAAAUGUAACAUCUUUUAACAGACUGGACUGAAGGCUGUUUCCAACCCUGGUCUACUGUAUAUUAUCAAGAAGCAGGAACUCAAUAUUUCCUCUAUAGUCUGCAUAGAGUCACCUGCCUACCACCUUGUUUUAAGUUGUCUCCUAAUUCAAUCUACCUCAGUUUCUACUCAAUGCAAAUGUCAUUUAUUCAUCCACUGAAACACAUUCUAACAGGGCAACUGUUGUUUUUGUUUUCCAUUUCUAACAUAAACUUCACAAUGUUAGGGCAUUUGACUAACUAUAAUAAAGUGUUCUUAGACAUACUGAUACUGAAAGGAAACAGAUCCACUGUGAUGGAGGUUUUUGAUCCAAGACAGAUUUGAUAGUUUUAUCUUGGAAGAACCACACUCUGCUCUGUCUGAAUGUGGAUAUAUUUUGGUAAAUACCCAUUCAGCAGGAUAUGUACACAUUUACUAACAGGCUGACAACUUGACGAUGCAUACUGUAACACCAAAAUUACAUUGUGUUCUUUCUUUCAUGUGCUUUCCUAAUAUUGCUUGUUGAAAUUGUGUAUUUCCAUGAAAUAAUGUCUUUGUUUGUGCAAUAUAUAACUUUUCCUUUUAUAAAGUGAAACGAGGGGUUAUGCUCUACUAUUAAUGUUUCAGAGAUAAGACAGAAGCAUAGUUUUAAAUGACAGCAUAUCAGCCGUGUUAGUGUAAUUUAACCAUUUGUGUGACCACUGGGUGUUUAUUAAUAACUUAAUUUGUGAGACUUUUUUGUUUUCAACAAUUGUGUUUUUACAUACUGAGCAAUUUUAAAGAGAUUAGACAUGAAUGUAUUUAGGUUCUCAAAUGUGCGGCGAUUUUUCCAUCUUUUAGUCCGUGCCUGAUUAAGACUGAUGACAGAGGAUGUAAUGCCCCCACUAAUGAUUGAAGUUUAUACCAUAAUGUGUCCAUCCAUCCAUCUUUAAAUACUGUGCCCAGUGACAGGGUGUGGAAACCCAUGCCCGUGCAAAAAAAGAAAAAAGAAGACUUGACAAUGACUCAUCCUGUUUGCUUUGGAGAAAUAUCUGCAAAACUUGUGACGAUUGAAUAGCCAUGAAAUCUCUUUUGAAUAAAACCUUUUAAUGCAAA